CAAACAUUCAUAUUCUCUCUUGUACACUUUCACUAAUCAACAUUCAUCAACAUGAUGAUCGUUAAAAUGAUUAUGUUGUUGUGUUUAGCACAAUGUUUGGUGUGUGAAGAGCUGUUGAUAUCGGAACCAGAAACACAAAACAACCUGACAGAUCAAGUUACUGAAGGAACAGACGAGGUAUCAAGUGAAACGAAGAAUAUGAAUGAAACGACUGACACGACGACGACUACUAAACAGGAUCCACAAUCGGACGAGUGCGAUGAUGGAGGUUUUCUCAGUUUCCUUAUAACUCUUAUUUACUGGGUUAUCCAAAACUUGUUUUCCUUUGGACAAGAACAAACUCCAGAUACCAAUGUUACUACGCAAUCUUGAAAUGAGCUUCAUGAAGUUCACGAUAUUCAUUUAAUUACAUCAGUCAAACAAACUGGUGUAUUUUGUUGAAAAGAUUUUUUACGUAUACAUCAACGAACUAACGUAUUUUUUUUAUCAAUAAUCCAUAUUAUUUUCGUAUGUAAUUCAUCAUUUUCAUUGUUCAAUUAUGCUAUGUUAAAUGUACCACAUUGAUUAGCAUUUUCAAUUGUUUUAUGUAGAUGGUUUGUUUAUUGUCAAUGAUUAGCUCAUUUAAUCAAUUUACACUGAAAUAUUUUGAUUAAGACAAUAAAUACAGUAAAUUUA